CAUGAGCGCAUGCGCCGCAGCCCUCUCUCUCCCACAGACCGAAAAGUGGGACAGCGGGGAAGGAAGGAACCGUGGAAGGGGAAUACUGGUUCCACUAGCGCCAUAACUUUUUUGAGGCGCUUUUAUCGUGUUUACUCGUACAAGUAUGAAACUUUACCGGACCUCAACAUCUGGUGGGUGUGAUUAAAAGCGCUGGGAUUUAAUUAAACACUGGAAAACCCGAGGACGCCCGACCGCGGCCGAUCACCCCAGUCUGGUUAUCAUAGUUAGCUGGUUGCUAGCUGCGCAUCGCGAGAACACCGCCGCCGAGUACCAUAGACAGCUGUGGAUCUCGCGCGAACACCCAUUAAAAGGUUCGUGAGUCUCUGGAUAAAAAGUACGGUUUUUAUACGUUAUUAAGUCCAGAGUAAUGUUGCCUCCCGGGGUUACCUUUAGAUACGGAUGAGAAGGGGUUAGUUUCAGGCGGGGACCACGGAGAGAAACACAAAAACUGCAUGCCAGACAACAACGAGCACCACCGCUAUGUUGGGGUCGAGUCCCGGGUGUGAGCCCCGGAUCCCGGGGCUUCGGGCCUGGCCUCACUGGGUGCUGUGGAGGCUGGGGGGACUCCUGUGUCUCCUCGGCCUGGAGGGGGCCUUCUGCCUCGCCGGCCCCGGCAGCUCUCCCCCGGCCGUCAGCAACAACAACGAGGGGGUCAACGUCUACAUGAGCCUGGAGGAGGUGAAGAAGUUUCUGGGGCUCGACGCGGAGCUGUACUACGUGCGGGACAACGUGGUCAGCCACUUUGCUCUCUCCUUCAUCAUGCCCGUGCCCAGCGACACCAACAGCCUGCACUUCACCUGGUUCUCCAAGACAAAGGCGGACUACCGGCUGGGCUUCCAGGUGGAGAACCCCGCCGCCAUGAACCAGCCCAAGAGCAACAUCUCCAACCUGGGGGAGGUGCCCUCGGUCUCCUCUGUGUUCCGUGUGGACCUGUUCUGCUCGGGGAAGGUGGACGGGGAGGCGCUGCUCACGGUCCAGCUCAACCUCACCAUCCAGGCCUCCAACUUCACAGUGCUCAACUUCAAGAGGAGGAAAAUCUGCUACAAACGAAUAGACUCUGAACCAAAGAUCCCUACCCUCUCCAACAAUGCCACCCUUCAAAGACCUGAUGUGGAAGGCAUCAGCACCCCCACCACCUCCACCCGGGUGUUCUACAUCAGCGUCAGCGUCUGCUGCAUCGUCAUCUUCCUGGUGGCCAUCAUCCUGGCCAUCCUCCACCUGCACAGCAUGAAGAGGGUGGAGAUGGAGGACAGUGUGAGUGACAGCGGGAGUUCCCAGGGCCUCUCCCAGCCCUCCACCCAGACUACCCAGUACCUGCGGGCGGACACCCCCAACAACGCAGCCUCCGUCACCAACAACCAUCCCGGUACUGCACCCAUUCUCCAGCUUGCCGCCGCAUCCUCCUCCUACCCCAUCCCCGGUGCCCCCGCCCACGAAACCAAAAGCUACCCGUCGCUGCGCAUCGAGAAGAACGACCUCCGCAGCGUGACCUUGAUGGAGGCCAAGGCCAAGGUCAAGGACAUCGCCAUCUCCCGGGAGAGGGUCACACUGCGGGACGUCCUGCACGAAGGCACGUUUGGACGCAUCUUCCACGGCCUCCUCCUGGACGAGAAGGACCCCACCAAAGAGAAGCAGGUCUUUGUGAAGACAGUGAAAGAUAAUGCGUCAGAGGUCCAGGUCACCAUGAUGCUGACAGAGAGCUGCAAGCUGCGGGGGCUCCACCACAGGAAUCUGUUGCCCAUCAGCCAGGUGUGCACGGAGGACGGGGAGUCGCCCAUGGUGCUACUGCCCUUCAUGGCCUGGGGAAACCUCAAGCUCUUCCUGCGCCAGUGCAAGCUAGCGGAGGCUAACAACCCCCAGGCGGUCUCUCAGCAGGACCUGGUCUACAUGGUGAUCCAGGUGGCGUGUGGGAUGAGCUACCUGGCCCGUCGAGAGGUCAUCCACAAAGACCUGGCUGCCAGGAACUGUGUCAUCGAUGACAACAUGCAGGUGAAGAUCACGGACAACGCCCUGUCCCGGGACCUGUUCCCCAUGGACUACCACUGCCUGGGGGACAACGAGAACCGUCCGGUGCGCUGGAUGGCGCUGGAGAGUCUGCUCAACCACGACUUCUCCAGCGCCAGCGACGUGUGGGCGUUUGGCGUGACGCUGUGGGAGCUGAUGACCCUGGGCCAGACGCCCUACGUGGACAUCGACCCCUUCGAGAUGUCGGCCUACCUGAAGGACGGCUACAGGAUAGCUCAGCCAAUCAACUGCCCUGACGAGCUGUUUGCGGUGAUGGCGUGCUGCUGGGCGCUGGACCCGGAGGAGCGGCCCAAGUUCCAGCAGCUGGUCCAGUGCCUGACCGAGUUCCACGCCGCCCUGGGCGCCUACGUGUGAC